AUUUUUUGUCAAACAUCGUACGUUUAACAUAGUUGUCAAAAUUAUUCUUUGAUAAUCAUUUUCCGCGCAAAAAUGUUAGAAUUACUUGAAAAAUCUCUACGUUCCGUUUCUCUUUACGCGCCCGUCGGUUAUAUUAGUCAGACAUGCAAUUCGAUGUUCUCAGUAACAUUCAUAAACGAAAAAACGGACACUCCCCACAACUUCUUCCCGAACAUGCAAAAUUGCGUUCAGAGGAGCCAACCCCAACAUCCGCAAAAGAAAGGGGAGGAUUUCCUAAAAAUUGCAUCCAAUGUUGUCCAUGAUUUUUUCAAUCAUGACACGUACACAGUUCCUAAUAGAACGGUUUUUAUGGUAAAUACAAACAAGCACGUCCUAGAUGUAGUGGAAGCAAAAGUAGAAGGAAUUAGAAACAGCAUUACGAAGUUCGAAAGACAUAAACCAGCAUUAAUGCACAAUACAUCUAAAAUAGCUCACCGCUACAACUUGCUGCUUUCUUUCAAUCAUGCAAAAGAUGUCAGAAACGUGGAUCCUAGUCUUCAUUCCUCUAAAACCAAUCAACAUCAAUACCUUGUCUUGUCUAAAUCACGCAACUUAGUAACAAUGAAUCAAAAAAUACUUCUCGGUAGCAUUCCAUUUCUGACUUUUGUGAGAUUUAGCAAAGACCAAGUACCAGCUGAAAAACAAACAUCGCCCGAUAAAGAUCAAAUUAAAAAAUCCGAAAGUAACACACAAAUUAUUUCCAAGGGUACAGACAAGAAGACUGACGAAAACAAAAAAUUAAACACUAAAAGCAAGAAAGAAUCAAAAGGGACAUUAAGCUUACUCAAAGAUGUUCUGCUAUUUUUUUCUAAGCCACCAAAGUUAAUGUUGAAAAGUAAACCUUCCACAGUAGUUUCUAAUUUACCUAAGAAGAAGGCAACUGAUAAUCUAGUCAAAACGGAAGACACGUCGACUAAUGCACAGAUGGUUAGAAAACAAAGCACCUUUUCGGAUAUUCACGAAAACAAAAACGAAUUUGAAAUACCCGAAAGACAAUGGGCAAUUGAAAUUAAACCUGAUAUUUCUAAAAUACCCGCCGAUAAACCUAGUACGAAAACAAAUGCAAGUGAAACAAAUCUGGAAUCCGACAUUGAGAAGUCUUCUCAGCAAGCUGAAAUAUUCAAGGAGGAGACAUACAAAGUCAGAAGUAUUGAAUAUUCACCCUACAAACAAAGAAAAUUCGAGAAAGUUCCCAACAAGUUAGCUAGAAAUACUGUAGUAUUUUCACGUAAUCCUGAACAGGUGGUGAAACCAGUUGGUCUAACUUCGUAUUUCUUCGGUAAAAAGCUCAAAGGUCUAUCAAUACUAAGAAGCUUCAAAAAGAAAAAGCUUCACACGAUGCCGCUAAUAUCACAGCCCAUGUUGCGAUUAGUAGAAGCGGAUGUUUUCAUCAAUUCUCAGAAUGUCUGCUUUUCUAACACUAACAUUUUACUGUUUAAAAAAGAAGAAAAAGAGGAAGAGGAAGAAGAAGAAGAGGAGGAAGUAGCUGAAGUCGAAAGUCCUUAUGCAAUAUCUUAUGAUGCAGAAACAGCAUUUGAAACUGAAGAAGUUGAAAGUGCCGAAGAAGCUGAAGAAUCUGAUGCUGAAGAAGCCGAAGAAACGACCACCGUUAAGAAAACAGAGACAGAUAUCGGUUUAGGCAAUAAAUUCGAUUAUAAUGAAGACGAUUCUGUCAACAAAGAUAUUGAAAUAGACGAAACAUCUACAAGUAAAUUUUCUGGCAUACAACCCGAUUUAGACACUUUGGUUUGUGAUUUAACAAUGGCAAUUCAACCAGUUGAAGGAAUUGUUGGUCAGCUUAGAAACAUUUGGAAAACUUUCGGUUACCUUUAUGGAAUGGAUAUACUUGCUUGCCAGUAUCAAUGUGAUUUCGCCAACCAAACAACUGUAUUAAUUAAUAUUCAUAGAAAUUUAUCCAGUGGUAUAAAAAAACUCACCGCUGGUGAAAUCGGUAAUAACGAUGGACUGGUUAAUGUAAAACAAUAUUCAACCUGCUCAGAUGGCAAUGAACCUCCAACAGCUGAAUAUCGGGAUGGUAUAUUCGCUGACUUGCCAUACAUUUUAGUAUGUGAUCCAGAAUAUGAAGAAAAGGUGUCAAAACGAGCGGGAUCGGAGUACAAAUCCCCGCAAUAUUUCCUUUAUCACUGUUAUUCGUUUUACGAUUUCUUUAACUACUUGGCUCUGUGCAGAGUAGGAUCUGGCCCAUGUUGUUGCUGUUGAAAACCAGUUGCCGAAGAAAAACAACAGAGACAAAUAUUCAUUGUACUUGAAUCGUUGUGACCACUAAAAUUCUCAUUUUGGGUAUGACAAACGGAAAAACCAGAGUUAAAGAAAACUUUAACUUUCAAAAACAAUUCAUCCACGAUGUCUAUUAGUUUCAUAAGUCUUGUAAGCACGUAUCGUUAAUAAAAUUUUAGUGUAUUAAGAUAAUAUUUGAAUAUUUCAAUAAUUUAAUUAUAAAGUGAC